CGCCCGCGACGAGGUGAGGGGCGGGUUCUGUGGGCUGCGGGUGGCCGAGAGGGGAUGGAGCCCGGGGCGGGCGACGAGCGCCCGGCCUUCCACGGUCUCCACAGCGGCUCGGGAGAGCUGAAGCUGCGGAAGAGGAAGCCCACGCCGUACGCGAGCGCUCAGGGUACGCGCUCCCGGCGUCGCGGGCUUCUUGGAGAAAACAUUUAUCUGGUCCUGUUCACCAUUGCUUUGCGAAUAUUUAACUGCUUCUUGGUCCAGACAAGUUUUGUUCCAGAUGAGUACUGGCAGUCUCUUGAAGUUGCACACCACAUGGUUUUCAGGUAUGGUUAUUUGACCUGGGAAUGGACAGAGAGAUUGAGGGGUUACACUUACCCUUUAAUCUUUGCAAGCAUCUACAAGGUUCUGCAUCUUUUGGGGAAAGACAGUGUUCAAUUACUGAUCUGGAUUCCCAGACUUGGCCAGGCUCUUCUGUCUGCUGUGGCAGAUGUGAGGCUUUAUUCGCUCACGAAGCAGCUGGAGACUCAGGAAGUGGCACGAUGGGUGUUUUUUUGCCAGCUGUGUUCUUGGUUCACAUGGUACUGUUGUACCCGAACCCUCACAAACACCAUGGAGACUGCUCUCACAGCAAUUGCUCUUUUCUACUAUCCUCUUGAAGGCUCAAGGUCCAUGAACAGUGUCAAGUACUCGCUCCUGGUUGCACUUGCUUGCAUAGUCCGCCCCACAGCGCUUAUCCCGUGGGUGCCAUUACUCCUCAGACACUUCUGCCAAGAAAAGAGCAAGCUCCACCUGACUCUGCAUCAUUUCCUACCUGUAGGAUUUAUAACCUUCAGUUUGUCUCUGAUAAUUGAUCGUAUCUUUUUUGGCCAAUGGACAUUGGUCCAACUUAAUUUUUUGAAAUUUAACGUGCUGCAGAAUUUGGGGACGUUUUAUGGCUCUCAUCCAUGGCACUGGUACUUCAGUCAAGGGUUUCCAGUUGUCCUGGGAACUCACUUACCCUUCUUCAUUCACGGCUGCUUCCUGGCCCCAAGAAGGCUCCACAUACUACUGCUGACCGUGCUGUGGACACUGCUGGUGUACAGCAUGUUGGGCCACAAAGAAUUCAGGUUUAUCUAUCCCGUUUUACCGUUCUGCAUGGUGUUCUGUGGAUACUCACUAGCCCACCUGAAAGCAUGGAGGAGGGCAGCUCUGAGUUUUCUGCUUUUGUCAAAUGCGCUGCUGGCCCUCUACACUGGCUUAGUUCAUCAGAGAGGCACUCUGGAUGUCAUGAAUCACAUUCAGAGAUUCUGCUCUGGAGGUCCUGCCCCAGCGUCAGUCUCGGUGUUCAUGAUGAUGCCCUGCCACUCCACUCCUUACUACAGCCAUGUUCACUGCCCACUGUCCAUGCGGUUUCUCCAGUGUCCCCCAGACUUGACUGGAAAAACUCAGUAUCUUGAUGAAGCAGCUAUGUUCUACCUAAAUCCCGUAAGCUGGCUACAGCAAGAGUUUCACAGCAAUGUGUCACUCCCCACUCACUUGGUCACCUUCAAUGUUCUGGAGAAGGAGAUCCGUGCCUUCCUCGCUUCAGGGAGCUAUAAGAGGACUGCUAUUUUCUUCCACACUCACUGGCCAGAGGGUCGGACUGGAAGCCACAUACAUGUCUACGAACGAAGGUUAACCAGCAGAGUCAACACAGGAGGAGCUCAACUGUGAGGACUUCUGCGGAGAAGUUGGCCCAACUGAGGGAAACUGCAGAUGAUUCGUCGAGUAAGGACGCCGCCCCUAGGGACAG